AUGCUGGAGUUCGAAUCCAAUCGCUGCAUGAAUCCGGAAGCAGAGAUGACUGCGAAGUGGCGCGGCCUCUUAACAGUUCCAUGUUGUCGUGGGGGAGGACGAUCCCCCCCAGAACGACCCUUCCCCAAGAACGACCUCCUUCCAAGGACGACCUCCCUCAACACGACCCCCUCCCAAAACGACCCUCCCAAGGACGACCCCUUCCCCAAGGACGACCCCUCCCCAAGAACGACCCCUCCCCAAGAACGACCCCCUUCCCGCAAGACGACCCCCUCCCCAAGAACGACGCCCCUUCCCCCGGCCCCUUCCCAAGGAACGACCCCUCCCAAGGACGAUCAAGAGCGACUCCUCAAGAACGACCCCUCCCAAGGACGACCCCCUCCCAAACGACCCCUCCCCAAGAACGACCCUUCCCAACAGAACGACCCCUUCCCCAAGAACGACCUCCCCCCCAAGGACGACCCCUCCAAGAACCCCCCCAAGCGACCCUCCCCAAGGACGACCCUCCCGCAAGAAGGCCCAAGGACGACCUCCUCCGACCCCCUUCCCCAAGAAACGACCCCUCGAACCCCCCUCCCCAAGAACGACCCCUUCCCCGACCCCUCCAAGGACGACCCUCCCAAGGACGACCCCCUCCCCAAGGACGACCCCCUCCCCAAGAACGCCCCCUUCCCCAAGAACGACCUUCCCCAAGAACGCCCCUUUCCCAAGAACGACCUCCUUCCAAGGACGACCUCCUCACAGCGACCCCUCCCCAAGGACGACCCCUUCCCCAAGACGAUCCCUUCCCCAAGAACGACCCUUCCAAAACGACCCUUUCCAAGACCGACCCCUUCCCCAAGAACGACCUCUUCCAAGGACGACCUCCUCAACAGCGACCUCCCCCAAGGACGACUUCCCGAUCCCUCCCCAUGA